ACUCUGCCAUUCUUACAUCUCCUAUUCAACAGUCCAACUGCCUACAUUCCCUUCUUUUGAUUUUCAAUUUCUACAAUUUCUGGAUAAAUAGGUUACAUUUUUCGAUGUCGUAUUAAUUUACUGUACAUGUACUUCUAUGGUGCCAUUGCUGCAUGAGAUUAACCACCAAGAGAAAUCUUCAUUUCGUAACUGAUCUUGUUCUUGGUUUGAUAUUCAACUGUUAUCUUGGAUUUGGAUAUGACAGAUGAUCCAUAAUAUGUUUCAAUCGCCUGUCAUUCUCGCGGAUGAGUCGCUAGCCAAGUCAUCAGGCGAAGGACAGGUAUAUUCGUGAUGCAGCAAACUAACUGAGGUACUGUUAGCAUGGUUUAUGUAGUUCUCUGGCACUGGCUGAAUAGUGUCUAGGCCAACUAGUAUUCAGUUUCUUCACCAGCUACAUGUGGGUGGUGUCACGAGGAUAAAACAGUUAUCACUUGAGUAUACUUUACUAACACCACGAUGCCAACAUCCGUAUAGAAGCAUCAUAAUUCAUCAUAGCUCUUUUAAUACAUCGCUUGUGCAUAAGCAUUACUCAGAAAUCACCUUGGUGAAGCUGUUUCACCAUGGCUCAAGAUCAAAUAAGGAACAGAUCAGACGGAACCGCCGGAAGAGAUGAGCAAUCUUCACCGCCACCAUCUCCGUCAUCCGAAAGAGACCGGAUCGUUUUAGCCAGGAAUGUUGGUCUCCCCGGAUGUAUUGGUAUGGUGAUGGGGAUCAUCAUUGGUACCGGGAUCUUCAUUUCACCUGCAGGUGUCUUGGCAGGAGCGGGUGGAUCAGUAGGUCUGUCCCUAGUCCUGUGGGUCAUCUGCGCAUCCAUCGCAACAUGCGGAGCCAUGUGCUACACAGAACUCAGUCUUACCUCAGGCAAAUCUGGCGGAGAGUUCACGUUUAUAUUUGAAUACUUUGGACCGGUCCUGGCCUUCUUGCGAAUGUGGACCAUCUUGGCCAUCAUCAUGCCUGCCAUAUCAGCCGUGCAAGGGAUCACGAUCGCUAAUUAUCUAACAGCGCCGUUUUUCAGCGAUUGCCAAUAUGUUCCCGCCCAUGCCACUCGUCUCAUCGCUACAGUAAUCCUCUUUUGUUUGGUUUACAUCAAUUGCGUCAGUGUGAAAUGGUCGUCUCGUCUUACCAAUGCCUUGACGGUAACAAAGAUCAUCGGUCUAAUGGUUCUUAUUAUAAGUGGAAUCGUCAAUAUGUGCAGAGGAUAUACAACUAAUCUUACCAAUGCGUUUGCCAUUCCAAUGGAAGUCAACAUACCCAUGGCUAUUUAUAGUGGAAUAUUUGCCUUCGGAGGAUGGGAGACCAUCGCUAUGAUUGUCGAGGAGAUCAAAGACCCGGAGAGGAAUCUUCCAUUGAGUAUUAUCAUCUCCAUGGUAAUGAUCACGGGCAUCUACUUGCUAGCUAAUGUGGCCUAUCUGACCAUCCUAUCUCCUGCCGAGAUUCUCGCCUCGAAGGCAGUGGCAGCGGACUUUAGUGUGCUGGCUCUUGGAACCUGGUCCUGGACUAUCUGGGUGUUUGUAGCCUUAUCAGCCAUUGGAGCUCUAAAUGCCAUGUACUUUGGCUUCUCAAGGGUGUAUUAUGCUGCUGCUCGGGAUGGUCUUUUGCCCGAGGCGAUUGGCAUGAUCAACAUCAGAUAUCGUACACCACUCCCUGCUGUCAUUGUUACGGUUCCAAUAGUGAUGGUAUGUCUGAUGGUCGAUGAUGUCUUCAAAUUGAUUCAGUAUCAGUCAUUCGUUAUGGUAGCAUUUCAAGCCAUCACUGUCUGUAUCAUCCCGUAUUCACGCUGGAAGUAUCCUGACCUUAACAGGCCAUUCAAGGUACCCGUGCUCGUUGCUGUGUUAUUUACCUUGGCCAUAGUCUUCCUGAUGGGACUUACUCUGUAUACAAGUCCAGUGAGUAGUGUAGUGGGACUAGUCCUAACCUUGAUUGGUGUACCACUCUAUUUCUUCUUCGUUCGAUGGAAUAAACCUCCAUGGUUUAGGAAAAUAACAGGCCACAUCACCAGAGGAUUCCAAAAGUUGUUUUUCGUCGUACCGGAAGAAGGGACUACUGCAAAAUGAGGUUCCAAAAUUGUCAAAAAUAUGGGCAACAAAUUUUCAUUAAUUAAAAGGCGUCGAGAAAUAUAAUAAUCUCGUCACAGGUGUCAGCCUUCUCGCGUCACUAAUAUAUAAUGAGACUCUUACUAUCGAUGCACCAGCAAAUGCCUAACAUUGAUACCCGUAAGAACACCAUGGUCCCGUCUUAAAAAGAGUCGCGAUUGAUUCGAUCAACUAUGGAAAGCCAGCGAUGUCAACAUUAAAUUUGCAUGUUGAAUGAAUGAAUGAAUUUAGGUUUCAAUUCCGAUAUUAAACAACAUCAACAGUAAAUCAUUGCGAUACAAGUAAAUAGCAAAGAACAAAAGUAAAUAGUUACAGAAUAAUAUACAUAAUACAUGCACUACCUUUUAUGGAACAUUAGUAAUGCCCAUGAGACAAGAUGGAAAUGAAACGAAAGAUGGAAAUGAUACUCUUCAAUGUUUAUUCAAAAUGUCUUCUGAAAUAUGCUGUACAUUCAUACAUUCAUUGUUUUCUUGAUAAUUCAUUGUGCUCCCGUUUGUAUAAAAAAAGGGACAUAAUCAAAAUUUCCUCGAGGAAAAAUUAUGACAUUGUUUGAUUUCCAUACAGUUGAGGUUGAUUGGAUCAAUCACAACUCUUUGUAAGACGGAAGUCAUGGGACCAUUUCAUAUCAGGGUCAUUUAUUAUCGUUAUUUCUAAACGACAGGGCUUGAAAUGGACGUAGAUGUAUCAUUUAUAAUUCAUAAAAGAAUAGUGUAUUUAUUUUCUCAUCGAGUUCGAUCGAAACAAGGGGAGCGUUUCAUGAAAGGACUUGUCGGACGUUUUAUCUGACAAGUUUUGUUUUAUCCGACAGUUACCAUAGUAACUGUGCUUUCCAGCCAACCAGCAUCAAGGAAAGUUGUCAGAUCUGACAACUUGUCGGACAUAAAUGUUGAUGAAACGCUCCCCAGAACCUUUUUGAGCCUUUAGAAAGAGUUACUUCGAAGAGAUGCUGAGAAAUCCUUUCUUUAAAAAAAAUAGUUUUUGCGUGUGUUUGUGUUUAUGAAAUCAUAUUUUGUCAUAUCUGUUAUGUUGCUAUUGUAAGAUGUACAUUAUAUUCCGUAUUGUGAAAAUGGAUACGGUGGUACUACCCCCUUUUCUCUAUUCAAAGAUGUAUCUUCGCAAGAGUUUAGGUAUACGUGUAUUUUACUAAGCUUUGCGUAAGUUGUUUUUUAACCAAAGGUAUGUUUAUAUUUAGAGAGUUUGUAGUUUGGCAUAUUCUAUAUUGUCGACUAAAUCAUUUAGCCUAUCCAUCAUUAUUUUUCGUUUGUAUGGAAAAAAUAUAAAUUAUGUUGAUGAUGAUCAUGAGGGACCGCGGAACGGUUUUGAAAAUGGGGAGGGGGGGUGGCUGAGCCAAAAGUGGGGGGCUGACCAUUCAUAAAAUCACAAUUACAUGCUCAUUUUUAUAUGUUUGUACACGGUUUUGGAAAAAAGUGGGGGCUUCUUUUGUUCCAGAGUUUAUAAAUUCGAAUAUGAUUGAUUAGCGAAAAAAAGAGAUAAGAAAUUAAUAAGAAAUAUUUUCACAAAAGGAAAAUAAUGGUCAGACCAUUUCGAUGUCUAGAUUUUAUAUUUGAAAUUUCCGCCAAGAAAAAGGAAGCUCAAAAACGAUAUAAAGCACAAAGUCGCCCCCCCUCCCCGAUCUGUAAGGCCAGUAGUUGUUCAGGGUAUGUUAUAUGCUUGCCAUUUGCUCAUUUGUAUUUAUUACAGCUAUAAGGAUUUGUCUAUUCUUUAUGUUUUCAUUUUUGCAAAUCAUUAGAACAAUGAUAUGCAGACGGGUCGGAAAACCAUGUGUUCUCUCAUUCGAUCCACAUUGCAAUUAUAUUUUUCCAGUGACAAACUUUAAAUAGAUUGCCCCCCUACGUCUAUCCUUUCAGAAAUUAUUUUCGUUUACUCAUCCGCUCAUGCGAACAUGCAAAGUGUACAUAGAUGGCAAUUUCAUUUUCUUGGUUAUGCCUUGAAAAGCACGUGUAUCGUAUGUUUGUUUUUUUUUUGGCUGAAAUUCUAGAUUAUGUAGCGGUAUGUUUCAUCUUGUCGUUUUGAGUAAGACAAUAAUUCUUCUCCACUGAAUUACCUAUGAUUAGACCCAUUGUGCAUGUUAUGUAUUCAAUUAUGUAUAAGAAUGUGAAAAAUUGUGAAAAUUUCUCCG